AUGCCGCCAUUGCGCCUGAACGAGGACAGCAGACGAUACGGAUUGCUGGAAGAGCCGUUGGACCUGAUCCUCGGCGGCAGGGGAUUCCGUGACGUAGGAUUCGGAGAUCGUUUCCACUCACUAUUCAACUACCUCCAAAAGACCAAUCCAAAAGGAUCUUCGCUCAAAGAUGUAAAUAUUCCAUUAUUUCAUCGGAAACGAUUUCCUAUCUCUUCUCCAGACAAUCGGUGCGGACUUCUUCUCGAACCGUCGUAACCUGACGGUAUUCGCAACCUCCGCCUACCCCAGGAAGAACCGACCGAUGAAAAUUCAGGCGGUCCGACACAAAGGAGUCAUUUUCCUAUACUUGAGGACAUCUCCGAAUACCUGAGGGACACCCGCAGCCAACUGACCAUCGACUUUUUCUCGUUGGACGAGGAGGCCGACACGGAAACCUAUGUGCUCGUGGAUCCGAAGUACGUGAAGGUCGAAGACUUCUCGAGAAGCGUCGAGGGCAUUCCGACCCCACUGGCCAACUCGGUCGACGAGACGCCGCCGCCGAAGCUCGAGCACUCAAAAUGACGCUUCCAGUACGACGAGACGGUCAAUUUGUCGAGCAUUCACCGCGACUUUUGCUCCGGGUGCACCUACGAGGGUGACUGCAGCGAUGCGAGCAAGUGCCAGUGCCAGAAACUCCAUCAACCGCUUGCCGAAGCGGUUGCAGCAGAUUGCGCCGGAUGUCGACAUGUAAGUGCGCUCCACUGUAGUUUUGGCGGAAAAAUUGAAGAUUUCAGGAAACUCUUCAACCUUCGUACCGCAAGAAGCGGGUUCCCGGCGCGCUGCUGAAUAUGAACGAGGACUACUGGGAUGAGGUGUGGGACGAAGAGGCGAUUCGGCGGGUCGAGCAGGGAGACGAAGGCGCGCCGCCGCCCGCAAAUUUCGACGCGGGCGAGGGGGAGGAGGAGGACACGCCCGGAGACGUCUUUUUAUAA